AUGAGCUCCUGGAUGAACGAGGCUGCUGUGCAGAGCCAUAAUGCCAACGGCUAUCCCCAGAUGAACGACCCUAACGCCGCCAUGAUGGACCCGUCUGCAUUCAUGGCCAACCCGGCCGCACAGUUCAACCAGGCGGCGUUCAACGCUCAGCAAAUGGCUGUCGCAAUGCAAAAUGGCCAAAUGCGCAACGCUUCUCCCUCAUUUCAAAAUCCAAUGUACCAGACGAACCCCGUCAUACCGUCAAAGCGACCGAGACCACGAGAGGACAGCAUGGCCGGGUCGCCGAGACAGAACCCAGGCAUGCUGCCGACGUCGCGCGCCGAGACUCCUCAACAGGGCCAGUUCCCAAACUUCCAACAAGGGGGUAUGCCUCAGCAGACGCCGGGCCAGCCAUCUCCGUAUCCCCAUCUUCAGCCGAAUGGCUCUGCAAAUGCGACGCCGUCUCCCAUCAUGGGCAACCAGAUGCGCCCUGGCAGCGUACCGCAACGCGUCUCUACGACAUCGCCGCAUCCAUUCUCUCCUGCCGCCCAGCAAUUCGGCCCUCAAGCUUCACCUAUACCAUCCGAACAUGGCGGCACGCCGCAACCCAAUCCCUAUAUGCAGCAGGGCAAUUUUCCGCAAGGAUACCAACCGAACUUCACGCCCACUCCAUCGCCCGCCCGCCCGUCGCCCACUCCUAAUACAAUGGGUGGCCAGAUGAUGCCGCAACAGAUGAACCAGAUGCAGCAACAAAUGGCUGCGCAGAUGGGACAGAUGGGCCAAAUGGGACAAAUGCCAAAUCAAAUGGGUGGCCAGAUGGGAUUCCCCCAGGGCAUGCCUCAAGCGCGCAACGCCAUGGAGCAGCAAAAGAUGAUGUAUCAAAUGCAACUUCAACGGCAGCUGCAGCAGAGUAAUAUGCAGAUGGCACAAAUGCAAGGGCAAAUGGGCCAGCAAAAUAUGGCUCAGCAGCGCAAUAUGAUGGGUCGACAGCAGAUGCCUAAUGGACAGAUGCCACCAAACGCCAAUGUAGCAGCCAUGAGGGCCGCCCAGCAAGGCGCAAUGGGGCAACCUCCACAACAGCAACAGCAACCCCAGCAAAGCAUGUCGCGUGGUGGUAACCCCGAGGCUUUCAUGAAGCAGCUCACCGUGUUCAUGAACAACAAACAAUUGCCGCUCGAGAUGAAUCCCAUUGUCGCCGAUCGUCCCGUCAAUUUGAUGAUGUUGUUCCAAGCCGUCUCUAAGUUCGGUGGCUAUCGCAACGUCACUGGCUCGAAUGGGUGGCCACAAAUAUCAAAUGCAAUCGGCUUCAAUCCUAUGCAGAUACCAAUUGCACCGGGACAUUUGAAGGGGAUAUAUGAACGGAACCUACUUAAGUUCGAAGAGGCUUGGAAUCAGAACCGCUCGAAGAUGAUGCAGCAGCAACAGCAGCAGCAGCAGCAACAACAACAACAACAACAAGGCAUGGGCAUGGGAGGCUCGCAGGGUACGCCGUCCAAGCAAAUGCCACCUGGCGCCAUGCCUCCUGGUCAAAUGAUGCAGCCAGGACAACAGCCGCAUAUGUCACAAGGCCAGGUCCAGACGCCGGUGAAGCAGAUGCCUCCGGGUGUCGCACAAGCCAAUGUGAAUGGCUUUUCAACACCACAACCACCUCACGCCCAACAGGCCAAUGCAGCUCAAGGUCACUCGCGAAAUAGCUUGUCUAAGAGUCACCAAGCUACGCCAACCACCGAUGAGUUCGCAUUAGCCUCCCCGGCCAGCAAAGCGGGCAGCGCAUCAGUUCCAGGCAGCGCACAUCCAGGUGCGGGCACAAUGGUUGCCCAGGGGCCAUCUGUACAACGGCCUGCGGACCCAACCACAUAUGAGUCCUGCUCAAGGUUGCGGGAGGAGAACUAUUAUGGGGGCGUUGAUGUCAACGUGUCAAUGAAACUAGCUGAGGAGCUGGACCGUUAUCGACCUACUGUCCCAACGGCAAUGGAGCUCGGCAACAUUGAUAUCCACGCCCUGUCCAGAAGUCUUCAGUGCGGUAUUCAUGGAGAGGUCCGAGUAGCUUUGGACACAUUGGCUACGGUUACUGGUUCGCCGUAUCCGCAGCUUGAGCUUGAUCUCUCCAAGUGCGAAGACCUACUUGAAACCCUCGUCGAGUGUGCGGAAGAUCAGAUUGAUGUCCUCGCUGAACACACCGUGGAGGUGUCAGACGAGAUCUUGAUCAACUCCUACGAAGACGCGUUCCGAGCUGCUAAGCUUGAGAAGUUGUCAUUGCGGGACGUGCCGGCAUUUGGAUCCCAGGAGUAUGAGCUGGAUCGCGCCGUUGAACGCCUCAUAUGUAUUACCACCAUCCUUCGGAACCUCUCUUUCUCCCCCAACAAUCAUGCUUUUCUGGCAGACGAUAUCGUCAUUAAAUUCUUGUGUGUCGUUAUCAGAUAUAUUGGAACGCGAAGCAUGCUUCUACGAACACACUCGGAUAGCUUGGACUUCAUGAAGGAUGUUGUUAUUAUUCUCUCAAAUAUUGCUGGCUCGGUGGAAAUACCCGGAAAAGAACAGGCGUUGUGUCUAUUGCAAUUUGUUCUAUCAUUCGCCCCAUCACCAGUUCCCAGCAUGGCGAACAGCGAUAAGAUCUUUUUCACCCCGUACGACCCCAACACACACCCCUAUCUACCACAUGCCGUCGAUGUUUUAGCCAAACUACUGGCAAGGGACGAGCCGAAUAGGACGUACUACAAGACUAUCUUCGCUACCGAUGCCGCCGGCUCCCCGGCUUGUGAGCUGCUCACGCGAACUUUUGCCCUGGCCAUCUCCCCGAUUCCCGAUCAGAACAAAGAUCCUCGCCCUGCCGGCCUGCCUCCAUACGUCGAAGCUCGAAAACCCUUCCUCAUGCAAGGCUUGCUCUCAGCAGAGAUAGUUGCAUCUCUCGCGCCAGGUUAUGAGUCAGGUGUCACGCGCGCGUGGCUUGCUUCAGGCAAUGGGUUUGCCCAAAAUCUUUUCCGCCUCAUCCGCGCCCUCAGCAUGCAAUUUGAAGGUCCACCGCAGCGGUCAGGCGCACAACCUCGUAGCCAGCCCAAGAAGGAUCAGGAGCUGGUUUACAUUGUAGUGCUCGCUGUAUCUAUGCUACGAAGACUAGCCGAGAAGGCCAGGGAUCCGAACGACCCUGCUGGCUCGAUACCGCCUAACGUCGUACCGAGUGAUGACACGGUGCUCGGCGCAUUGCAGAUGGACAGUUUGGAAUGGACAAAGGAUGGGCUAUUGGCACACUUGAUUGCUUAUGCUUCUCUUGAAGACUAG